AUGGGCGGUGCCGCGUCGGCGGCCAAGUACGGCCCGGACAACAAUAAGAUGGUGGUGGACACGCUCAAGAAGCUGCCGUUCAUGCAGAUGAUGGACGACCGCCUGCUGCAGGAACUGGCCAAGUGCUUCCAGGUCGCCAAGUACGCCAAAGGCGCGGUCAUCAAGAACGACGCUACGUCGCGAUUCUUCGUGGUGGUGGCCGAGGGCUCUGUCGACAUCAGCACGAUGCUGCCCAAGCCCAACAGCAAUCAGCUCAUGUCCGAGCUGCUCUGCCAGCGCAAAACGGGCGACUACAUCUCGUACGUCGCGCGGGACCAGUUGGUCGCGCAGAUGAUGGGCGACGACAGCGACGACGCCCCACGCACCGCCAAAGAGGCGAGGAAAAAGCUGGCAGCUCUGCUUGAACUGAACAAGACCACGGCAGAUCCGUUCGUCGGGUGCACUCUGCUUAAGUUGAAUUUCGACAAGUUCUCAAAGCUCAGAUCGCGCUUGACGGUGCACUCGGUGGGGAUGAAAAAUACAGCACGAUUCUCCGGUGGGAGGAAAGGCAAAGGCGGCAUGGGAGCAAUGACAGCCCCGGAAAAGCUGCAUUUGAUGGGGUCGAUCGUGGAGUCAGAGGUGGUUAAUUACCUGGUCGAGAUCCCGUUCCUGGAGAGAGUGGAGAUGACGCGCCUUGUGAUGCUCGCCAACAUGUGCUCGUAUCUUUUCGUGAGGCGCGGGGAGUCUGUCUGUGUGGAAGGUGAAAUCGGCGACAAGUUCUUUGUCUGCAUCAAGGGUACUUUGCAGGCCACUCUGCAAGUCUCACUCAACGCAGCACAGCCAACAUUUACUGCUCUGACUCCAGAAGGAGGGCCUGGACGGAGAACGAGCAUCGUAGCGCUACAGGAAAAUGUCGCCGGAGCUUUCGGAGACAAGAAGAUACAAGCUCUUAAGCGCAUGGGUACUGGGUCAUAUUUCGGCGAGAUAUCACUAGUGUUCAAGAUUCCGCGCGUAUGCAGCAUCACUGCUUUGGACGAUGCGCUGCUAGUGUAUGUGGAUCGCACCGCGUUUUGCAACUUUCUCAAGGUGGCCCCCGACGCUGCCGUGGUGUUGCUUGAGCACGUGCGCCUUAACUUCAUGGACACUCUCAUUAAACAGGGCUGUGCCUUCUUGAACGCGAUUCCACCCCUCAAAUUGCAAGAGCUAAGUUAUAUGAGCGAGAUCGUAGACUAUGAGUUCGACUCGAUGAUAAUGCGGCGCGGCGACCAGAAAACAGCAUUCUACGUGCUUCUACGCGGCGUCGUUGAGAUCGACUACGGCAGCACAGACACGAUUGUCGAGGCUGAAAACGAGGACAUUAUGGGCGAUGACGCUAGUGAUAAGGGGAGCGGACUCGUGCUGGUACACCCAGGUGGGUACUUUGGUCAAGAAGCGCUUCUGCUAAACUGUGGGUCACUGGUGGAUGUCCGAUGUUUGGACCAUUGCCUCGUGCUAAAGCUGAUGCCUGAGAACUUCCACGAGUUCUUCUCCACUCUGCCUGAGUUAUUCGCCGAGUUCUGUAUCAAGUGUCUGCGUGAGAGAGCGCACCCAGAUCACAUAAUGCAGCACUAUGAGGGUCACAAACUGUGGGCGGCCGAUUGUGUCACUCGACUUCGGCAUCACGAAGUCGCACUUUUCGAGUACAUUGAAGACUUUAAGUGGGAAGCUGACAUCUCGGAGGAUCGCAUCCACGAGCGAGCACUGGUGAUUUAUCUCAAAUUUCUAGCGGAUACUGCAACGACGCCAGUGAAUAUCUCGCCCGGUGUGCUGGCCGCAAUAGAAGACGAAUUGUCUUCGGAUGGCGUAGGGCGAGACGUUUUUGCGGGCGUUCGAGAGGAGAUUCUCGAUGGUAUGGACGACGAAGCGUUCUGCGCCUUCAAGGCGUCGCGCGUUUUCCAGGAGUUUCUGACGGUGUUGCACUGUCCACGGGCUGUCUUAUAUUCACUUACCCCCGAGAUGGAGGUUAUGUUGAGCAUGCGGUCGCCUCCCCCCCUUGCGGCCAGAAGAUUUACAACCCACCGUGGCGAAUACAGCCCCAAAAGCACCCUCCCGCCCCCUAAACGUGCGUUCGGGUCGGCGUUGUCGGGUCUCGGCCCCGACAGGUUCCGGCGAAACUCGGCGACGGUGUUUGCAGUGGCGAAUUCCAUGGGCACAAUAGACGACGACAUGUUCGCGCCUCUCGCUGCGCACUCUCGGCGGAAAACAAAGGGCGGGGGCGGCACCUCGCGGAAGCUGUCGACGUCGUUCGUGUUCUGA